AGUCACGUUCGAUGUAAAGAGUAAGUCAAUAGAUUAAAAAAACUGAAUAAACAUUAUAAAAUUAGGGUAAACAUUCUUUUCUGCAGUUUUCUAAAUUGAUCACACCGUCACACGAAACAGAAUUUUCUGCAGUUUUAUUUUCUGAAGAAUCCUCAAUUCCUCAUCUCUCUCGCUCUCUCGUUGAGUGCUGUUUUUCUAUACUUGGUUAUCGUCCUUAUUAAGAAUCAUGUCACCAAACAACACAAGAAGCCAACCAUCUGGAGGACAUAAACAAAAAAAAGAAAAAGAGAGAAGAAGAACAAACAAAAUCUCAAGCGAAUGCAUUAUUCAGGUAUUUCAAAAAAUCUGAAACUUUUGAUGAAUCUGCAAAAGCUAAUGUUGAGGCUGAGCAGCCUGAUAUUGUGGAAGAUGAUAGAGUGGAUGAAAAUAUGGCUGAAGGAGAAGAAGCAGAAAAUGUGAAUGAGGAAGACUUGAAUGAAAAAGAUGAUGAGAAUGAGACUGCAAGAGUUGGAAUGAACACAGAGCACUGUGGGUUUUCGGAUAUGUUUGAUCCUACAAAUUGGGAAAGUAUUGGAAAGGGUUGGAAUGAAUGGAGAGAUUUUAUGGUCAUACAAGGUCCAACAAAAAGACUGGCAAGUGAUUACAUAUUCCCCAAAGAUAGUGUUAAAGAGACAUUUCUCGCAUGUGUACUAUUCAAGAAAAAUGAGUGAAGGUCAAAAGCAAGAUCGUCGUUGGUUGGUUUAUUCAAAAUCAGUGAACAAGAUCUUUUACUUUUGCUGUAAAUUUUUCAAUCGGAAUGACAAAAGUCAACUGGCUUCUACGGGAUUCAGUGAUUGGAAAAAUAUUUUGAAAAGGCUAAGAGAGCAUGAGUCUAGCCGUGAUCACAUUGUGUGCAUGAAACAGUGGGUGGAACUAGAACUGAGGCUUCAAAAAAAUCAGACAAUUGAUAAACAUGCUCAAGAUGUAAUUAAUAAAGAGAGGAUUCAUUGGAGGCAUGUAUUGCUUAGGAUUUUAGCUGUGGUAAAGACUCUUGCCAAACAAAAUCUAGCUUUUCGAGGAAGCAACGACAAGAUCGGAGAAGAAGAUUGUGGAAAUUUCUUAAGUUUUAUUGAGAUGAUUGCUGAUUUUGAUCCGGUGAUAAUAGAACAUCUGAGAAGAUAUAAAGAAGAUGAAUCUCAAUGUCAUUUUCUGAGCAACAGAAUUCAAAAUGAGUUGAUAGCUUUGUUAGCUAAUGAGAUUAAAGGGAUGAUUAUCAAGAAAAUUCAAGGUGCAAAGUAUUUUUCUGUCAUCCUUGACUGCACUCCAGAUAUUAGCCAUCAUGAGCAAAUGACUGUUGUAAUUCGAUGUGUAGAUGUUACAACAACUUCGGCUAAGGUUGAAGAAUUUUUCUUGACAUUCUUGAAAGUUGAUGAUACAUCUGGAGAAGGACUUUUUCGUGAGCUUCAAGAAGUGUUGGCUGCUUUUGACUUGAAAAUUGAUGAUGUAAGGGGUCAAGGAUAUGACAAUGGGUCUAAUAUGAAGGGGAAGCAUAAAGGAGUACAAAAAAGAUUUCUUGAAGUGAAUCCAAGGGCGUUUUAUACACCAUGUAGUUGUCAUAGUCUCAAUCUUGCACUUUGUGAUAUGGCAACCACUUCUUCUACCAAGGCAAUCUCAUUUUUUGGGAUUAUUCAGCGCACUUAUUGCUUAUUUUCAUUAUCAAAUAAACUGUGGAAAAUAUUUGAAGAUCAUGUGGGUGGACUGACACUUAAGGCUUUAUCAAACACUCGAUGGGAGAGUCAUAUCGAAAGUGUUAAGGCAGUAAAAUUAUAGGCUCCUAAAAUUAUGGAUGCUUUAGUUUUCAUUGCUGAAAAUAGUGAUGAUCCUAAAGAGCAGAGCGAAGCUGAGUGUCUUGCAACAAGUGAAACACAUGGAAUGGGAAGUUUUGCAUUCUUGGUUGCCUUGGUUAUUUGGUAUAAUCUUCUAUCUGUUGUUAACAUUGUUAGUAAGAGUUUGCAGUCAAAAGACAUGGACAUUGAUGUAGCUAUUUCUCAACUAAAGGGACUCGUUUCCUUUUUUCAAAAGUACAGAGAUUCAGGUUUUUAGAAAGCAAAAGAAGAAGCUAAAGUUAUUGCAGAAUCUAUGGAUAUUGAGGCAGUAUUUCCGAGAAAAGCAAAGCGUGUUAUUAAAAAAAAAGACACUAUGGUGAAGAAUCACAAAACGUUGAAGGAAGUGUUAUAUUAUCACCAGAGGAGAGCUUUAGAAUCGAUUACUUCAUCCAAAUCAUGGCUCAAGCUCUCUACUCGCUUGAGACAAGAUUUGAAC